AAUGCUUAAGAGAUUAAGAAGGACCGAGAUUUUUGUUCGUGGAAAUCCUAUAACCUGUGAUUGUUUACACAUCCAAUCACUCUGAUUGAUGAAGGAAAUUCAGUACUUGUUUACAGAUCUCAAUGAAACCGUAUGCAGGGAAAAGAAUAUAACAGUGUUAGAACUGCUAACAGAAAGGGGGUUUGCAAAAUUUGAGAAAAAUUGUCAGACAGGAACUUGGCUGGUCGUCUCUUUUUCCAUGUUAACAAUUUUAACUGUUGCAAUCACUGUCGUUUUCCUUGUGAAAAAAUAUCGUGUUCAUGUUGAUUAUGUUAUUCUGAAUUUACGUAGCAGAUGGAAAGGCGUUUAUUCCGUCGAAAGUGGGGACUAUGGGUUUGAUGCUUUUAUAUCUUAUGCUGAAGAUGACUACAGAAUUGUAAGCACUACAUUAUAUCAAACGCUAACACAAAGAGGAUUCCAGAUAAGUUUUCCGGAUAAAGAUUUCAUUCCUGGAAUAUCCAAAGCGGAUGAAUUGCUACGGUGUGUUGACAAAAGUAGAAAAGUUGUGUUUAUUAUCACUGAAAACUUUCUUGCAAAUGGUUGGAAUUCAUACGCCGUCCAGAUGACGGUAACUCAUUCGUUUCAUAAUAAUCGAAAACAAUCCAUCAUAGUGAUAAUUAAAGACAAUAUAACCAUACAAAGAAUGCCAAAAGACUUACGAUAUAUCUGGUGGUCCAUUGUAAGUAUAAGGUGGCCAGAAGCAAGUGAACUGAUGGACCAGUUUUAGGAUGAACUUGAUCGUGCCUUA